AUGACGGGGAUGAAAAUCGACGAAGAAUUUGUGCCUGACAGGCGCAUGGAGGUUGAAACAGAUGAUGAAGACAACGAAGCCGAAAGAGAUUGUGAUGAUGAUGACAACGACGAGGAAACUGGAUCCGACUGUGAAUCAGAAUUACCACCCUCUGUUAACCACUUUCACAACUGGCCUCAAACUUACAGGCAGUCUAUGGACAUGUACACAAUGCCACUUCAUUCUGUGAAUUCUUUUAGGGGAACAUCAGAACUGACUCUACCAAUCAAGACAUCAUUUGGUCCUCUGACUCCUAGACAAACACAUGAACGUGAUGGUUUGCGCAAGCCCCUCCUUAAGGCUAAAAGUUUGGGGAAAGAACAUGUUCCCGUCUCAACCUCCCCCAUGAAAUUAUCUCAAACAUCAAACAUAACAAUCUCCGGCCUCCCGCCUCCUGUCGAGCAGUGCUCCUUUUCUCAAGCAGUCCUUAAUGCCAUAAAUGUGCUCUGCGGCAUAGGAAUUCUAUCAAUGCCUUAUGCAUUUAAAGAGGGAGGCUGGUUGAGCCUUGUGCUUCUCAUGGUGUUUGGUGUUAUUUGUUGCUACACUGGAAUACUAUUAAAAAUAUGCUUAGAAAAAUGUCAUGGUCUCCAGACCUACCCUGAUAUCGGACAAGCUGCUUUUGGUUAUUUUGGCCGUGUAUGUAUAGCUUCUUCAUGUGUGGAGUACUUGAUAAUGAUGAAUGAUAACCUUUCAGCACUGUUCCCACAUGCCCACCUGGACAUUGGGGGGAUUAUACAUCUUGAUUCUUAUCUCUUCUGUGCCAUUAUAUCUACCCUUGUCAUCCUUCCUACAGUCUGGCUACGAAAUCUCAAUUUACUCUCAUAUAUUUCAGCUGGAGGAGUUGUAACAUUGGUUGCUGUGGUGCUGUGCUUGCUAUGGCUAGGGGUGGUUGAUGGGAUGGAAUAUCACCCGAGUCGAACUGCAUUAAACUUGGGGAACCUGCCUGUAGCAAUUGGUCUAAUUGGUUUUUGCUAUGGCAGUCAUUCUGUUUUCCCCAACAUCUACACUUCAAUGAAAGAACCUUCCAGAUAUCCAUCUGCGCUUCUUAUCAGCUUUUGCGUAUCUUUUGUUAUGUAUACUGCUGUAGGAAUAUACGGCUACUUGAUGUUUGGGGACUCUGUGAAAUCUCAAUUCACUUUAAAUAUGCCCACACAUUAUGUUUCUUCCAAAGUUGCAGCGUGGACUGUGGUUGUGGCUCCUAUUACAAAGUUUGCCUUGACACUUACACCUAUUGCAUAUGGUAUCGAAGAGUUGUUGCCUCCAGCUCAACAAAAUUCAUAUGCUGCCUCAAUGAUGAUAAGGACGGCUUUAAUGAUUUUAAUAUUACUUGUAGCUCUAACAGUUCCAUAUUUUGGAGUUGUGAUGGCGUUGACUGGAUCCGUACUAGAGAUGCUUGUGUCUAUAAUCUUUCCUUGUGCUUGCUACUUGCGCUUACUUCAUGGGCAUACCACGACAGUUGAGAUUACAAUGUGCUCAGUGAUGAUAUUGAUGGGGCUGGUGUGUGCUAUUGUAGGCACAUAUACAUCACUUGCAAGCAUACCUGGUUAG